UGUUGUCGGAAUUUCUGCAUUCAGAAAGCACAGCCUGCCUGAAGGGUUUUUUCCACAUUUCACAAUUGGGGGAAAAAAUGGUGGCAUUUUCUGAAGGAUCUGGGCUACCAUUAGGAGAGAUUUACGAGUUUAAGAUGAGCACCUGAAGGCAGCACAAUAGUAACGUCAGAAUCAAGGAACUUCGUGAGGUAGUCCGGGUCGGUCUUCGCCUGAAAACAGGUAAUUAACCAGCAGAAUUCCCUUUAAGCUCCUGUGACCUCUGACCUCCAUCAUGACUUCCACAUCCAUCACAACAGUCGGUGGAGUGAGGAUUGUCACUCAGGUCAUCCCAAAGGAUGAAACCUCCAUAGUGCUGCAGAGUGCCACCCAAAAUGACCUGCCCCCUGCCCCCACCUCGCCUGCCAAGACGGAUGACAUGAGGGAUGCUGUCCUCCGGGGGGAACCACAGGGCCUCGGGGUUGUUCAGAUCUUCAUUGGAUUGCUGUGCAUUCUCUUCAGUCUGACCGCUGUCUUCUCACGUGCCCUGAUGGCCCACGUGCCGUUUGGCCUCGCCAUCACUUUCGUGGUUUCUGGCUCUCUCGCCAUGGCGGCAGGGCGACGGACAUCAGUUGGACUGGUUUGGGCGUCUCUGGUGUCCAACGUGAUCAGUGUCAUGAUUGGCCUGGUGGGUGUGGCCUAUGUCUGCUGGCUGCUGGCUGUUCGCGUCGUCUCUAAACAGAUCUGUGGCACUGGAGCCUCCAUAUACUCGUAUGACUGGGAAAAUCCCUGCAUCCGUAGCAUUCAAUACCUGGAUGAGAUUAUGUACGGACUUCACGGCAUCCUCCUGGUUCUGCUUGUCCUGCAGGUUUGUGUCAGCAUCACCAUGUGUGUUCUCUCUGGGAGAGAGCUCAGACACCACAACCUCUACUCCCCCGUUAGGGUGAAGGUUGAUGGCAGCGGCCCUCUGAUGUCCAGUGCGGUGCACAGCAGCAAUGUCACUCUGCUGGGGCACGAGGGCGAGUAAACCUCAUUUCCCCUGUAAAUACUGCAGUAGUGCCAGACCAGAGUGCCAUUACACUUCAGCUCUGCCUGUCACUAUAACCUGUAACCAUCCUUCCACCAGUUUCUCUCUCUCUGCUCCUCAUGACUUGUUGUUGCUGUCUAACUGUGACAGUAUCACAUUGCAUUCUGGGAAAUUUAGGGCUUAAUCUGUGGUCAGAACAAAAUCUAAUUUUCAAGAAUAAUAAUAUUUUACAAAAAUAAAACCCUAAUUAUUGAAAAUUAAAGUUGCAGUUUUAUGAGAAUAAAGUUGUAAAAGUUUGGGAAUAAAGUUGCAGUAUAAUGAGACGGUUUCAAAAAUGUUGUAGUCAAUAUCACAACUUUUAUUUAUCUUAUGGCUUUUUCUCAUAAUACUAUGACUACUUCUUUAAAUGCUGUAUUUUGAUCAUGUUCUCACAAUAUUUUGUCUUUUUACAAACCACAGCCCAGUAGUCAUACAAAAUAACUACGUGGACCACUGAGUGAGUUCAGAUUAUUUUGUCACAUGCUGGAAGGAUUUAAGAAAUCGAAUGUAACAUGUUAGUGUGCAGUUUUACUGAUCAGUCUGAGCACAGUGUUUUGUCAGCCCUCAGUCUGAUUAUCAUCACAGUUUCACUUGUUGAUGUGCUAUUUUCAUCUGAAAGGUCAGGUAAACCCAUCUCAUAAAGAAACACAACAUGCUGAGUAAAACCUGGUGUGGGUAAAGUCUGCUUGUUUCUGGAUGAAAAUAUGUAAACACUGUAAUAAAGAGCUGCCACUUUUCAUGUGAUAUGAUAUUAAAUAUUAGAGCUUUAGUUUUUCUUAAUGCUAAUUUACUCAAUAAAGUUUUUUCUCAUAAC